UAGAAGGUAGAAGGUCCUUCCUAUUAUUCUAAGGCACGUGAUUGGGGGUCCUCCUAAUGAACGAAGGAGAGAGUGGGUGUUUGAGGGGCGUCUUUGUCGCCCGGCACCAGGCAAAGCUUAGAUGAUAAAACAGUCUUUGGCUUAAGCUAGCUUACUAUUGGUCAUUCUUUUUUGCCACUCUGUUUCUGUUAGUUUUUAGCCUGUUUUUCUUUUUCCUCUGUCCUCUUGCUUGGAAGUUGCAACUCUUUGCCUUGUUUUAUUUUUAAAAGCCUCCAACACUCCAUGUGCAUAUCAUCUUCCCUACCCUUGCUCUCACCCCUUUUUUGACAACAAAAGAAUCAAUCCAUUCAUCCACCCAUUUUACUAUUCUUCUGAUUUUAGAGAGAGAGAGAGAGAGAGAGAGAGAAGUGCAGUUCCAAAUCAUGGAGGUUCCUCUGGCAUUGCAUGUGCUCCAAUCACCUCUCGGCCCACUUGAUAUUAUUCAUAUUCUACUACUACACUUAUCAACUUUUCUUCCUUGUUUGUUUAUAUAUCCUUCCAACAGUUGUUUCACAAAUAAGUCACAAUCUCCCUUAAGCUUAAAGCAAGCAGCUUAAUGUGAAAAGAAAAGAAAAGAAAAGAAAAGAGACAAGCCUCCAACUCCAUUCAAUUCAGAGCAAAGCAGAUCACCACAAGACAAGAGAUUAGAGAUGACCAGUCCAGCACCUUGCAGCCGAUCCUGGUCCAUAAGUGAGGACUCGCUUAAAAGGUAUGUGCAGUUUGCAAGUGAAAGCUGCAUACAAGAGUUACUGUCUGCUUCAGACUCGAACAGGGACACUAGGGUUGGGACUGCGAAUAAUGCCAAUGAUGGCUGGAAGGUUCUUACUCUCGACAACGGAGUAGAGAUAUCAAAACGCAGGUCUGGAAAAACUGCAUCUUUUCACACCUUCCGUAGCCGCUGGCUGCUCACAUCAGUAUCACCCCAGCAAUUCAUCACCGUUGCCAACGCCAUCGACGCUGCCAAGCAAUGGGAUCCUGAUCUGGUAGAAGCAAGGUACAUAAAAGAUCUUGAAGAUAACCUCAGCAUCAUCCGCCUCAAGUUUGGAGAUAAUGCUAAGCCUCUAUUUAGAAAUAGAGAAUUCAUAGUCUAUGAGCGACGUGAAACCAUGGAAGAUGGCACCCUGGUGGUAGCAGUUGCUUCACUUCCAAAGGAGAUAGCUGCUGGAUUGCAACCAAAGCAAAAUAAUGCAAUCAGGGGACUGCUGUUGCAAUCAGGAUGGGUAGUGGAGAAGCUUGAAGGCGACUCUUGUAUGGUCACCUAUGUUGUUCAGUUAGAUCCUGCUGGAUGGAUGCCCAGGUGCUUUGUCAAUCGACUUAACAACAGACUGGUUAUGAUCAUUGAAAAUCUAAAGAAACUGGCACAAGCUUGUCCAAUUGAUGGGGAUGGGGGGGAAACAUGAUUGAUUAUAUUGUACAAACUGGAGAAAAGAAAAGGGCCUCAAUUCUAUUCUAAUUGUGAUAAAUACCAAUUAUAUGA